CUGUUGUAGUAUAUAAAAGGCUGGGAGAAACAGAAUGGCGCCCAUACGCCGGUAUCUGAGAAUCACAAAAUAUUCCGUUCUUGAAUGCAGGAUAUACUUGGACAAUCCGGCACUAGCACAGUCAUGGCUACUUAAUCCGCGAAACCCAAUUCUCCCACAGGUCAUCGAAGCCAUCCGGCCGCUCGUGAUACCCAAGCUCCGUGAAGAGAAAGAAAGAAGUAAGAAGAAGAGCGCAAAAAAGAAGACAAUUAAGGAUGUCAUCGUAAAGGAUCCUAACUUGCUGGCAGACGACUUUGAGAUUUCCAUGUUCUUGAUGGAAACAAGCACGCGACACUCUCUACUCUCAAAACACAAAUUCUUCCACGAUAAAGCUCCAUCUGCAAUACAGUCCAACGCAUCCAAGCUUAUAGCGGAAACAAAUUCCAGUCCUAUCGACGUCGAUGCCAGUGAUUUCGCACCAAUUCGCAUCGAAGAGGACAGCGACAACGAAGGCAUCGCUCUCAGCGAUAUCCCCUCGGCCAACACCCGCCGGCAGGCAAAGCGCCAAAGGAGCAACACUAUCGAAGACGAUGAGGAUGACGAUGAUGAAUUCGAAGGUUCUGAAGACGGCGGCGACGACGCCGCGGUUAUUGAUGUCGACUCCGACAGCCGCCGACCAAAACGCCUCAGGGGCCCUGUGAAACCGCCCGCCUCAGAGUCAGAGGGGCAGUUCCACGACGACUACAAGAAGAAACUCGCAAUGGACGUGUCAUAUGAAGGGUUCGCGAUUUACGGCCGCGUGCUCUGUUUGAUCGUCAAGAAGAAAGAAGCCAGGACGGCGCAGCAGAACCUUGGGGGCCAGGCCAAGAUGGAGAACUGGAUCACGUCAACUCAGAUUCCGGUAGGCGAGGAUGCUGCAUGA